UUAAAAAAUAACUAAAGAAAUCAAAAUGAAGUUCUUCGUAGUACUCGCUUUCGCAACCUUAGCAUUGGCUCGUCCACAACAACAAGAUCCAAGCACUACAUCUGCAUCAAUUCUUGAAUACACAGCUGAUGAUGAUGGAGUAGGAAACUUCAAUUUCGCAUUCAAGACUAGUGAUGGAAUUAAUGAACAAGCUGCAGGAUCACUAAAGGAUAUUAGUGUACCAAAAUACAGUGAAGAUGGUCAAGUUGUUGGAACUGAACAAGCUAAGGGAUUAGUCCAAAAGGGAACAUACUCAUACACAGCUCCUGAUGGACAGAACAUCCAAGUCAACUGGAUCGCUGAUGAGAACGGUUUCCAACCACAAGGUGCCCAUCUCCCAGUUGCACCAGCUGCAAGACGAUAAGAAGUAAUUCAAUGAAUUUUUAGAAAGUCAACCAAUGCACAA